AGCUUGAAUGAUAUGCAAAGCUUAAUCAAUCUAUCUGUCUGUCUAUCUAUCAAUGGUCUCAUGACUCAUGGAUGGAAAGCUUUUUGCAACUGUGGCCACUUAACAUUAAUGAUCCAAAAAAGAAACAACUAUCAGAAACAGAAACUAAAGUCUUUACUUUUCAAUGGAGCCAUCACGAGACGUCCCUGAAAUCUCUGCUUUGAAUUCAUCUUUCUACUGUCAAACGCCCUAAUCUUUUCACCUUCUUCGCGACGACCUGCAUUUUCAUCAGUUUUUCUUUCCCAUUCUUGAUGCCAUAGCUUCUCUCUUAAUUGUAAUAGUUUUCUAUUGCUCGUCUUUCCUCCAGCAAAAAACUUCUAAAAUGGAAACUUUUCUUGUCCUUUUUAAGUAGUUCUCUCUGUUUUUCUAGCUCAAGAACUUGCUACGUUUUCCUUCUCUCUAUGACUAUUUCCCCAUUGUUUCCAUCUAUUCAUGAAAACUCAUCUUUCCUUUUCAUUUUUCUACGGAACCCAUGUUUUUAAAUCAGUUCAUGCACUUUCUGAAAUCAAUUCACACUUUCAGAAGGAAGACUCCUCCUUUUGAUUGUUUGGUUUGACUAGCACACAACCAAAAUCAAACCCAAAAGAGGAAAUCGAAAACAAAUGGCGGGCUCAUGCUUCCAUGCAUUUCGCCUUCGAAGAUCCAAGAGCAAACCGUUCACAAUUCCUUCCUCAUCCAAAACCCAGUUCAAUUCUGACAUGGAGAACAUGGAGAAGAAGAGAUUUGACAGCUUGGAGUCUUGGUCAAUGAUAUUGGAGUCUGAGAAUGUGGAUGCAUGGGAGACGUCAAAGGAGGACCAAGAGGAAUGGACUGCUGACCUUUCCCAGUUGUUUAUCGGUAACAAGUUUGCCUCCGGGGCUCACAGUAGGAUUUAUCGUGGAAUUUAUAAGCAAAGAGCUGUUGCUGUGAAGAUGGUGAGAAUUCCAAACCAAAAUGAGGAGACUCGAACUUUACUCGAGCAACAAUUUAAAUCUGAAGUUGCUUUGCUUUCGCGUCUCUUUCAUCCCAAUAUAGUUCAGUUCAUUGCAGCGUGUAAAAGGCCACCUGUGUACUGUAUCAUCACAGAAUACAUGUCACAAGGAACUCUGAGGAUGUAUCUCAACAAGAAAGAGCCCUACUCUCUUUCAACAGAAACAAUAUUGAGGUUAGCUCUUGAUAUAUCGCGAGGAAUGGAAUAUCUUCAUUCACAAGGAGUGAUCCACAGAGAUCUCAAGUCAAAUAAUUUGCUUCUAAAUGAUGAAAUGCGGGUUAAGGUAGCAGAUUUUGGCACAUCGUGUCUAGAAACACAAUGCCAAGAAACUAAAGGAAACAAGGGAACUUACCGCUGGAUGGCGCCUGAGAUGAUCAAGGAAAAGCCUUAUACUCGGAAAGUUGAUGUUUACAGUUUCGGAAUUGUGUUAUGGGAGCUCACUACUGCUUUGCUUCCCUUUCAAGGAAUGACCCCUGUACAGGCUGCAUUUGCUGUGGCUGAGAAGAAUGAGCGGCCUCCAAUGCCAGCAAGUUGUCAGCCAGCACUUGCACACUUAAUAAAGCGUUGCUGGGCCGCGAACCCAUCAAAGCGACCGGACUUCAGUGACAUUGUUUCUGCUCUGGAGAAGUAUGAUGAAUGUGUCAAAGAGGGCCUUCCUCUUACUUCACACCCAGGGCUUGUCAGCCGGAAUGUCAUCCUAGAACGCUUGAAAGGCUGUGUAUCCAUGAACUCAUCUAUACCUGUACAUGCAUAGCAUCCUUGGGAGGUAUUGCCAUCUCUUCAGAUCCUUAAGGUAAUUAACUUGUAUAUGACGUGCUUUCAAUUGUCUAAGGUCAUGCUCAAUAAUGGCGUAUCAAUAAGGUUGACAGGGACAGGGGCCUCGGAAUAGAUCCUCGCUUUGGUAGUUAAUUAUUAUUGUUUGAUUUUUAGUAAGAAGUAGAGUGAAUGUGAAAAUUACAGGGAAAAGAAUGAAUAGGGAUGCUGCAGUAAUGCUCAUAUGACAUUGUGCCUAAGUAGGAGCUAUCGAGUGGCGUGGCCAAGUUGUGCUGGUAUGCUGUAGCGUAGACAAUCAUCUUUGCAAGCUAGAAAAAACCAUAGGCUAGAUUCUUCAAACCAAACCAGUUAUGGCAAUUAAUGUAUAAAUGAAAGAUGAUGUUUCUAAUAUUCACUAAUUAAGUUGAUACAUGAUUGUUUGUUUUUUAGAA